AUGGCUGCUACGGCUCCUUUGUUGGAAGAAACUGUUCCAUUCGAUGAAGAUGAUAUCAAUUAUGAAGGCAGGAUAGCACAUGGACUAGUCCAUCCCUAUGUGACAUUUUUACACAUCGCAUUCCGGGCGUCUGCAAUAGUAACAUAUUUAUUUUGUGGAUGGCUUAGUGAUAGUUUUAUAACAUGCUUUGUAUUCGUGGUUCUACUAUUAUCGGCCGAUUUCUGGACAGUAAAGAAUAUUACCGGCCGCCUAUUAGUUGGACUACGUUGGUGGAACUACGUGGAUGACAAUGGAGUUUCGCACUGGAUAUUUGAGUCAAAAGAUGCGACUCAUUCGAUGAAAAUUAAUAGCUUGGAGAAACGUGUGUUCUGGAUUGCGCUCAUGGCUUGUCCAGUCAUAUGGGCGUUUUUCUUCAUUGUUGCUUUGUUUGGUCUCAAAUUCAAGUGGUUGCUUCUGGUUCUUAUAGCGCUUGUGCUGAAUGGAGCAAAUCUUUACGGAUACAUCAAGUGCAACUUUGGAUCUACAGCUAACAUUAGCACCAGUACAAAAGACUUCGUUAAAAGUCAAGUUUUAAAAAAUGCAGUGAAUUUCAUGGCUUCUACAAACAAGAACGAUGCUGGUGCCAACAACCUAAAUAAACAAACUAAUUUCAAACCAACCAACACUGUAUAA